CGGCCAGGCCGCUCGGCGCGGGGCGGGCGCCCUGCGGAGGAUGCGGGCGGCGCCGCGCGCGCGCAGCCCCGGGCAGCCCCUGCGCGCCGGACGGCGGUGCUGAAGGGACAGCGCCCGCCCGCCGGCCCGGGUCCCGCAGCGGCCGGCCGCGCCCAGGCUGCCGCCGCCCGGCCCCCGGGGAUGCCCCGCGGCGAGGCGGCCCCGCCCGAGCCGCACGCAUGGCGGUGGCCAGGAAGAUCAAAACUUUGCUGACGGUCAACAUCCUGGUGUUCGUGGGCAUCGUCCUCUUCUCCGUGUACUGCCGCCUGCAGGACCGCUCGGCCGCGCUGGUGCAGGUCGUGAGCGGCGCCGACCGCCGGGUGCGCAGCCGGCACGCCAAGGUGGGCGCGCUGGCCGACCGCGAGGCCAUCCUGCAGCGCCUGGACCACCUGGAGGAGGUGGUCUACAAUCAGCUCAAUGGUCUCGCCAAGCCCAUCGGCCUGGUGGAGGGGCCGGGCGGCCUGGGCCAGGGAGGUGUGGCGGCCACCCUGCAGGGCGACAGCCAGGAGAGGGAAGGCAAGUACGAGGAGUACGGCUACAACGCGCAGCUCAGCGACCGCAUCUCCCUGGACAGGACCAUCCCUGACUACAGGCCCAAGAAGUGCCGGCAGCUGACCUACUCGGGAGACCUGCCCCAGGUGUCCGUGGUCUUCAUCUUCGUCAACGAGGCGCUGUCUGUCAUCCUGCGCUCCGUGCACAGCGUGGUCAACCACACGCCCUCCCGGCUGCUGAAGGAGGUCAUCCUGGUGGACGACAACAGCGACAACGCCGAGCUCAAGCUCAGCCUGGACCAGUACGUGCAGCGGCGGUACCCAGGCCUGGUGAAGGUCGUGCGCAACAGCCGGCGGGAGGGCCUGAUCCGGGCGCGGCUGCAGGGCUGGAGGGCGGCCACCGCCCCCGUGGUCGGCUUCUUCGACGCCCACGUGGAGUUCAACACCGGCUGGGCCGAGCCUGCCCUCCUGCGGAUCCGCGAGGACCGGAGACGCAUCGUCCUGCCUGCCAUCGACAACAUCAAGUACAGCACCUUCGAGGUGCAGCAGUACGCCAGCGCCGCCCACGGCUACAACUGGGGGCUCUGGUGCAUGUACAUCAUCCCACCCCAGGACUGGCUGGACCGCGGAGACGAGGCGGCCCCCAUCAGGACCCCCGCCAUGAUCGGCUGCUCCUUCGUGGUGGACCGCGAGUACUUCGGGGACAUCGGCCUGCUGGACCCGGGCAUGGAGGUGUACGGUGCGGAGAACAUCGAGCUGGGGAUGAGGGUGUGGCAGUGUGGCGGCAGCAUGGAGGUGCUCCCCUGCUCGCGCGUGGCGCACAUCGAGCGCACCCGCAAGCCCUACAACAACGACAUCGACUACUACGCCAAGCGCAACGCGCUGCGGGCAGCGGAGGUCUGGAUGGACGACUUCAAGUCCCACGUCUACAUGGCCUGGAACAUCCCCAUGACCAACCCAGGGGUGGACUUCGGGGACGUGUCUGAGAGGCUGGCCCUGCGCCGGAGGCUGAAAUGCCGCAGCUUCAAGUGGUACCUGGAGAACGUGUACCCCGAGAUGAGGACCUACAACAACACCCUCACGUACGGAGAGGUGAGAAACAGCAAGGCCAGCGGCUACUGCCUGGACCAGGGGGCGGAAGACGAUGACCGGGCCAUCCUCUACCCCUGCCACGGCAUGUCCUCCCAGGUAGGCUGCACGCAGGUGGCAGGCGGGCGCUGCUCCCGGCUGUGGGGGCCCAGAGCGCCGCGUCCCCCAGGGCCGCAGACGGGCACCCAGAGCCAGGCCUGGGCAGCCCUGUGCCCCUGUCCCCGUCAACACCGGGACGGCGAUGGUGCUUCCUCAGCCUGGGGCCACUCACCACCGGCGAGACCCCAGCCAGGGCCUGGUGACCCCCACCCAAUAGAGAGCCCAGGGGUCCGGGUCACAGGGUCCCCUCUGCGUGUGACCACGCGCCUGGGUCUCUGGUGCCGGAGUCGGGUGUCGCUGGCCCCCUCGUGUGACCCUCAGCCCCCCCAUGCUCACAGACCCCCCGGGCGAGGCCAGUGGCCCCAGCGUUGGGCUUGCGCUGGCCACCAGGGCGCGGUGGGCGAGGCGGCUCCCCUGGGGGCUCCCCGCUUGCCCUCUGGAGCCUUGACCGACGUCCAGCAGCCUUCAGCCUGUGGCUUCAAGGGCAAAACAGACCUCCAGGGAGGCCAGAGGAGGCUGCCGAACAGGUCCAGUUCCCCGCCUCAGAACACGUGGCGACCCUCUGGCCAGCAGGCGCCAGCCCAGGACUGCAGGAGGUGGCCCUAGGCCUGGCCCGGCCCCAGCCGCAGACCCCCGGCUGAGCGCGGCCCUGUCCUCUGCCUUCCUGCUGCAGGCGGCGCCGGUGGCCUGGGGUGUUCAGGGGCAGGGCGUCCAGUGCCCGGAGAGGCGUGGGCUGAGCCCUCUGCCAGGAGGGGACAGAGGGGACGCCGGCAGAGGUCGGCUCCACUCCUGGAGGUGCGGGCAGACGGAGGCCUGGAGGGCAGCGGAGGUGACCGUGUGGUGCAGCCCCUCUGGAGAGCUGGACAGGGCUGCCCACGUCCUCCUCUGCAAAUUGACCCGUCCGUUGAGUCACUCACGACCCAAGUUCCCUGUGGGGCUGCAGGACGCCAGGGAGGAGCUCAGCUGGGCCCAGAGCCCCUCAGCUGCUCCGGGACGCAGGACCCUCCCGCCGUCUCAGUCCUGGGCCCCGGGCCCCGGCCGCCUCCCCUGCCAGCCCUGCACGGCCAGCUUCCUGUCCCCGUGGCCCUCACCAGACUGGCAGCUGUGCCGGCUGGGUCUCCCCACAGCGAGGGGCCCGAGGAAACAGGCAGGACCAACGGCCGCGGGUGGCCUGCCUCAGAAGUCCAAAGACUCCGCCGGCUCCCGAGGUCCAGGAGGAGAGGACAAAGGAGAGGCCAAGGUCACAUGCCACCCGGACACGCCAGGCAGGAGCAGCGGGGCAAGGUGGCCCGGGCAGUGUGCUGUGCCAGUGUGAGAAGCAGUGGGACCAGGCGGCCCACUUCACCCACGCCCGCGUGCCCGUAGCCGUGGCCCUUCACAGGCGUCUCAUCUAAUCACUUGUGGGCCGUGUGCACUGCUGUCAUAACCGCUGCUUACUGAAGAGGACCCUGAGGCUCAGAGAGGUCAAGUGGCCUGCCUCAGGUCACACAGUAUUCCUGCCUGUGUACCUUGACUUCCGUGCUGAACGUGCAGCCGUUCCUCUGCCUUCACGCAGGACGCCGGCACGGGGGUCUUGCUAUGCAAAGACAAGGCGAGCUGGGACCCCGUGUGCACAGGCAAGGAGCCACCUUCACCGGGACGUGACUGUCCCGAGCAGUGAGCCCGCUGGAGCUGCGUGAGGCCUCUGUCUCCCAAGUCCACACCCGGGCCCAGGCGUCCAGCCCCAGGGGUCAGGGCUCUGAGCAGAGUCCCAGAAGGAGGCCCACGGUGGGUCCUGCGGCAGGACUGUGGGGAAGGCUCGGGUGUGUCCCGGAGGCCAGGCAGCUGGGCCCAGCCGGGGCUCCUCCCGCACCCCUCCUCCUGCCGGGCCCACUGGAGAAGCGGCUCUCCCGCCCUGUCCUCCUCCCCGCCGUGUGGGGUCUGGCACUGGACCUACGUCCUCCCAGCCACCAGCCCAGGCCUUCUGGGGUGUCCUGAGGUCACCGUCCAGGGGUGCUGGGUUCAUUGUCUCCAUUCAGCCAAGAAUCCAAGAGCAGGACACAGAGACAGCAAGCAAGCAGCGGGUGUGUGGCACAGCAGCGGAGAUCCAGGCAGACUUCUCUGAGGAGAAGGGCGGAGCCGGGAGUCGGAGGGGAGCCUUGGCCUGCUCUCCCUGGUCUCUGGAACCCCCUCCUCUCCUGGUCUCCCUGCCGUCCACGCGCUCCUCACUGUUAUCGAUCGGUGCCCCCGGGGUCCACGCGUCUGUUUUGGUUUUCCUAUCGGGUCCCCCAUUACGGAAGGGUCUGUCUGCCGGAGUCCGGCUCCUGUCCAGAGUGCUUUCUCUCUAGGAGACCCUCUGCAGGCUCCUGUUCUGGCCCCGCCCCGGCCCCUGCCUGGCCAUCCUGCCUGGCUGCCCAGGCCCUUCUGCACCUCCCUCAGGGAACCCCAAGGCCUCCGUGAGCCCCAGGACAGCCUGGCAGGGCUGCCCACCCGGCUUGGCUCUGGGAGGUUGGGGGCCGUGUCCCCGGGGAGGGGGCCUGGCUGGACCCCUCGCGGGGGCGGCUCCAGCACCCUGGCCACAAGCACGGCCCCGGGAGCCCCUCGCCUCUGCCGGCCUGAGCCAGCCACGGAUGGCCUGGGCUCCCAGGCCUGGCCAUGCCCAGCCCCUCCCUGUGUCCAGCUGUGCUGGGUCCCAAAACCUGACGCCCGGGGGCCUCCUCGCCUGCAGAGGGGGCCCUGCAGUCACCUCACGGCCACCACCGUGUCCCCGGGUGGGGCCCCAGACCAGACGCCAAGGGCCCGCUGUCCGCGGGCCCAGGGGCCUGGACGCCGGCCCACAGCUCUGCCUGUCCCCCAGCUGGUGCGGUACAGUGCUGACGGCCUCCUGCAGCUGGGCCCCCUGGGCUCCACGGCCUUCCUGCCCGACUCCAAGUGCCUGGUGGACGACGGCCAGGGACGCACGCCCACCCUGAAGAGGUGCGAGGACGUGGCCAGACCCGCC